CUCUCUCUCUCUCUCUCUCUCUCUCUCUCUGCAGUUUAAAAACCUUCCAAAAACCCCAUUCCCAUGUAAGAGGGUUAGAGCUCCAAAUCAUAUAUCUCUCUCUUUCUCUCUCUCAAUAUUAUUUAUGGAGCAUGAUCAGGACCAAGAAGCUCUAUUUCAUUCAUACCCUUGUGCAUACUACGUGCAAAGCCCAUCCACCAACUCCCAUUCCAACAGUGCUGAUAUCCGAAACCCCAUCCCGGAAUCUGAAUUCCACUCCCCAACACGACCCGAUCCAGCAAACCCAACCCUUCAUGAAGAGGCCACUCGCUUCACUCUCUCGCACUACUUGUCCUCCCGUGGAUCCAGUCACUCAUUCCUGCACCAAAAAAAGAUCUCCUUUGAUGCACGUAGUAAUGGCACAGGGACCGAUAAUUGCGAAAACCGUCUGGUUAUCGUCAAAGGUAGUGAUGAUCACUUUGGCGAUGAAGAUGAUGACGAGGAGUAUUAUUAUGUGGUUGGGAAAAGAUCGGGGUGGUGGAAGAGGUAUUGUUCAUAUCGAUAUUCGGAUUCGUUUGUAUGGAUACUUUUGCAAAUAAGUUGGAGGGCUAUGUUGAGUUUGUGUAUCGCACUGCUUGUGUUUUACGUUGUUACAAAGCCCCCACCACCCAAAGUGUCUAUUCAGAUGGCAGGAAUUGACCAAUUUGGGCUUGGGGAAGGAGUGGAUGGCUCGGGCGUCACAACUAAGUUCCUUACCUGCAAUUGUUCCAUAAAUCUCAUAAUAGAGAACAAGUCUAAGCUCUUUAGCCUCCACAUUCGUCCUCCAGCGAUGGAAAUGUGCUUCGGCCGGCUACCUUUUGCACUAUCACAUGGACCAAAGCUAUAUGCUGAGAGUGGGUCAUCAAAAUUCAAGUUAUAUGUUGGAACAAGGAAUAAGCCUGUGUAUGGUGCUGGAAGAAGCAUGGACGAUAUGCUCAAAUCAGGGAAGGGUUUGCCGUUGGUGCUUCGUGUGAAACUGAGCUCAAGUUUUUGGGUCGUUAGGAAUCUCAUAAAACCUAAAUUUCAUCACCAAGCAGAAUGUUUGUUGGUCCUUGAUAGGGCAUAUGACAAAAAGCAUCGUACUCAGGCAUACAGUAGCACCUGCAUGAUGACUUGAAAGAAGAUGAGGGAUUCAUAUAUAUGUUGUCCGGACACAAGCCAGUGCCGUCCGGUUAAGUAAAUUCAUAUGUUGUAUUUGUUAUGUAUUUAAGCCUGAUGUCGUUAAUUUUAUAAAAGGAUUUAAACCCAACGUCAUAAACAAAUUAUCAUAUUGGAUCCUAAUUACAUUUUUUUCCCUUAA